AUGAUCUAUGGACGCAGUUUGUUUCACAUUGUAGCAAGUCUAAUCAUCCUCCAUUUGUCUGGGGCAACCAAGAAAGGAACAGAAAAGCAAACCACCUCAGAAACACAGAAGUCUGUGCAGUGUGGAACUUGGACAAAAUAUGCAGAGGGAGGUAUCUUCACCUCUCCAAACUAUCCCAGCAAGUACCCCCCUGACCGGGAGUGCAUCUACAUCAUAGAAGCUGCCCCAAGACAGUGCAUUGAACUUUACUUUGAUGAAAAGUACUCUAUUGAACCGUCUUGGGAGUGCAAAUUUGAUCAUAUUGAAGUUCGCGAUGGACCUUUUGGAUUUUCUCCAAUAAUUGGACGUUUUUGUGGACAGCAAAAUCCACCUGUAAUAAAAUCCAGUGGAAGAUUUCUAUGGAUUAAAUUUUUUGCUGAUGGAGAGCUGGAAUCUAUGGGAUUUUCAGCUCGAUACAAUUUCACACCUGAUCCUGACUUUAAGGACCUUGGAGUUUUGAAACCAUUACCAGUGUGUGAGUUUGAGAUGGGCGGUCCUGAAGGCAUUGUGGAGUCUAUACAGAUAAUGAAGGAAGGCAAAGCUUCUGCUAGCGAGGCCGUUGAUUGCAAGUGGUACAUCAGAGCACCUCCACGAUCCAAGAUCUACUUACGAUUUUUGGACUAUGAGAUGCAGAAUUCAAAUGAAUGCAAAAGGAAUUUCGUGGCGGUGUAUGACGGAAGCAGCUCCGUGGAGGAUCUCAAAGCCAAGUUCUGCAGCACCGUGGCCAACGACGUGAUGCUCCGCACGGGUCUCGGGGUCAUCCGCAUGUGGGCGGACGAGGGCAGUCGCAACAGCCGGUUUCAGAUGCUCUUCACAUCCUUUCAGGAACCUCCCUGUGAAGGCAAUACCUUCUUCUGCCACAGUAACAUGUGUAUUAACAAUACGUUGGUCUGCAAUGGACUCCAGAACUGUGUGUACCCUUGGGAUGAAAAUCACUGUAAAGAGAAGAGGAAAGCCAGCCUGCUGGACCAGCUGACCAACACCAGCGGGACUGUCAUUGGCGUGACUUCCUGCAUCGUGACCAUCCUUAUCAUCAUCUCUGUUGUUGUGCAGAUCAAACAGCCUCGUAAAAAAUAUGUCCAAAGGAAAGCAGACUUUGACCAGACAGUUUUCCAGGAGGUGUUUGAACCUCCUCAUUAUGAGUUAUGCACCCUCAGGGGGACAGGAGCUGCAGCUGACUUUGCAGAUGUGGCCGAUGACUUUGAAAACUACCAUAAACUGAGGAGGUCCUCUUCCAAAUGCAUUCACGACCAUCACUGUGGAUCACAACUGUCCAGUACGAAAGGCAGCCGCAGCAACCUCAGCACAAGAGAUGCUUCUGUCUUGACAGAGAUGCCCCCGCAGCCCGUCAAACCCCUCAUCCCGCCCAUGAAUAGGAGGAAUAUCCUCGUCAUGAAACACAACUACUCCCAAGAUGCUGCAGAUGCCUGUGACAUCGACGAGAUCGAGGAGGUGCCCACCACCAGUCACAGGCUGUCCCGACACGAUAAAGCCGUCCAGCGGUUCUGCCUCAUUGGGUCUCUAAGCAAACAUGAAUCUGAAUACAACACAACUAGGGUCUAAAAAGAAAAUUCAAGACUGCUUGAGAAUAGUGCGUUCCUGAGUGAUUUUGAACUGCUACAGUGAAAAGUGAAAAUAUGGACCAUGGAAACACCAGCUAGAGGUUUUAUGGACUAUAAACAUCUGUUGUAUUAUGAUUAAAUACAGCCAAAAGUAUCAAGUAAAAUUACUAGAUUGCAAUAAGAAAAAUCUCAUUUUUUUGUCUUUCCUAUAUACCCCCAUUUCCUUUUUUUUUAAUCAAAGGAAGAUACCGAGUUUCAGAAAUAGUUUUGAAAUCAGGUAUUUUACUGUUCAUACCCUUCAAUAGAAAUGAUUUUUGAUUAAGCACUUAGCAAUAUGAUUGAUCGACAGUUUGAGAAAAUACCCUGCAUGUCAGUAGUGGAUAUCUGAGUUGGAAAAAUAUCCUUUUUAUUAGACACAUUGUAAAAAGCAUGCAUUCUCCAGUACUGCUGUUACUCUUCCAUUUCCUUGUGUCAUUUGCUUGCUACUUGUAAAUUUUUAUAUAAAGAUAUAUAAAAAUGUAUAAUAAUUUCCUAACUUGA